CGGCUGUUCAUUUGCACCAACGGUCCUUCGCUUGAUUCAUCCACCUUUUGCUCAUUCCCAUUCCUUGCUCCUCGCGCGGUCAAUCUCUAUCCCCACUCUUAGAUCGUGGGGACUCGCGGUCCUGGCACGUACGAACCUGAGGUCAGGGGUAUGCGGAUAUGGAGCCCUGUCUAGCGCUUGGCGGCAUGGCCAGAAGUCACGACAGCCUCAAGACGGCAGAUCUAGCCGCGACCCACCAGCAUCUGGAGAAUGUGUGGGGUGCAUGGGUAGCGUACAUGUGGGAGAGUACAACCUUUCUGGCGUGCCGUAGCCGUCGAUCUUGCUCCCUGGCGGACCGGGGUCCUUUUGGCCUCCACGAUCCACUCAGGCAGGCCUCGGCCAGAGCAAACAGGAGAUCGUGGCCAGGGCCCUGGAUUAGCAUUUCCAUGGCCACGGCAGCGGUCGGCUCGUACUCCAGGUUUUCCAUCCCCUCCACGGCACCCCGGCUGUCACGAUCGAGCAUGGGAUCGACCUGGUCGACGUCGCGUAUCUUGGUUCUGAAGGGUUUCAGACUUCACCGGGCGAGGUAUCCAGAGCCUUACCCGCGAACCCUGCCCUUCUUCAUUUCUUCAUCUCUCAUCUCCCUGGCCGCCCAUGCGCCAGCGGAGACCCAUUGUCAGCUUGCAGUCUUGUGUUGUGGCCUUCGUAGAGGGCGUUACCUCAUGCGUCGCAACGCUUAUUGUUUAAGUUCCACCAUGCAUAUUACCGCAAUGCAGACUUUAUGUACAUGAUGUUGGAGUUACCUAGCCGUUCACUCUGUCCAUAGCAGUGCUGAGAUAUCCAUUCCUAGCUUCCGUGAAGAGGUCAAGAACCACAUACUGUAGUCACGGAUGCCACGUCGCAUCAGGACGAAGCGGUGGCUUUGAGUUCAUUCUCCCAAUUAGAGACUAUUUUCUCCAUAUGACUCUUCUGACUCUUCUAACAUCCCCUGAAGGAUGAGGUUUUUAAUUGCCAUGCCAUGCGGGGGAUUCGGGGAAAGACGGAGGGAAAGGGGUCUAGCUAGGGUACCCUACAGCAGGAACAACAGGUCACGAGGAUGCGAAUGAGCAUCGCAUGCAUAAUACGGAAUAAACAUUAAAUAAUUCAUACAUAGCACUAAAUUAAUUAGAAAUUUAUGUGAUUGAUGGUAUUUAUGCUAUUGAUCUUGGUGGG